AUGGAGUGGGAUCCAAGCUGCUUCUUCCGGCUUGAAGGGAGUCCUUCACCCUAUGCCCUGUUGAUUCUGAACCAGCCAAUCAACGAAAAGGCGUUUGGGGUAUUAAGUGAACAUGCUUCUUACAUCAUUUGCGCCGAUGGCGGGGCUAACCGUCUGUACGACAUGAUGAAAACUCAUGGGAAUGAAUCCACCGAACUCCCCGAUCAAAUCAUGGGCGACCUGGACUCCAUCCAUCCAUCAACACGAAAACACUACGAAGACCUAGGAGUACCCAUCAUCAAAGAUCCCGAUCAAUACUCGACAGAUUUCACCAAGUGCCUGAAAUACCUCAACAGCCACGCAGCAGAGAUCAUCACCUCUCCCCGCCGCCAAAAAAGGAAACCAGCCAGCACAACCCAAGAAACCACAGCCACAGCAAAGAAAUCGCAAUCAACCCUCGAGAUCGUCAUCCUCGGCGGUCUAGGUGGCCGUGUCGAUCAGGCAUUCUCACAAAUCCAUCAUCUAUACAUGAUGACGCAGACACAACGGCAACUACGCGAAUCCCAAGAACCAAACGCCCAUGACGAGACUGAGAAACUCGGGCACGGCGCGGGCGGAAACCUGUAUCUGAUUUCAGAGGAAAGUAUCACUUUCAUUCUGCAAGAGGGGAACAAUAUCAUCUAUACGCCUGCUACGAACCGUCCGGAUACCGAUACCCCAGACGACCAGGACUCACCGGUCAAGGAGAGCCAAUCACACUUGAAAAGGAAGCGAGGUCAGGAAGGUAGUGCACAGCCAGAAUAUUUCUUCGAAGAGAAUAUCGGGAUCAUCCCGCUCUCGGCUCCGGCGUCAAUUACCACGCAGGGAUUCGAGUGGGAUGUGGAGAACUGGCAUACCGAGAUUGGAGGCCAAUUAUCUACGAGCAAUCACAUUCGCGCGGACAAGGUAGAAGUCUCGACGUCCGUUCCUGUUUUGUUUACUGUGGAGCUAGCACAGAGGUUGAAGAGGGCUUAA